AUUACAUUGUGUUAGCGAGUCUCUAGGUGCACGGCCCUACCUCCAUGACCAGUGGGAUUUUGGGGAAAUCGCGCCGUUGGCAAUUUUACACAUUCUCCUUUGCCUCGGUUUUGUUCCUCGCAUCCAGCCCCAUUGAUGACACGAGCCAUUGACCAUUAUGGCUGACAUCGUCAAGAACCUAUUUGGGGUCGGCAAGGCCCCCGCGAAGCAGCCAGCAGGCGGAGACUCAGACUUCGCCGACUUUGCUUCCAAGGUCCCUGACCCAACUCCGGCGGCGGCUCCCCUCACCAGCGACAGCACCCCCACGCUUGGUGGCAGCCAGCCAACGGCAGUCCCCUGGACGAAAUGGUACAACAUUCAUGAAAGACACUCGCUGAGCGAGUUCAAAAAUGAAGGCAUCGUUCUGGCAUGCAUCAUUGUGGUUCUAGUCCUCCACCUCAUUGGAGCCAGUAUGAACCGGACCAAGGCUCGCAAAUGGAUGCGCGCGCAUGCCAAACCCCUCGCCUCCGAGUUCUCCCUAGUUGGGUAUGCCGGUGUCCCGGCCAACGUUGGGGACAAGGAGGGCGACGAGCUCAUGGCCGCGCUCCAGACCCUGAACGAGUCCCGCGGCGAGAAGCUUCUCAGGGAAGCCUCUCUCUUUGAGUUCGCGACAUACGCGACCGGCCGUCAGAAUGUGGCCUUCAUGGACGUCAAGAUGACUCUGCUCAAGCGCUUCAACCCGCUCAUCACCUUCCCCGAGAUGAUUUUGAGCUUCUUGAUCGAUAGCAUCCCCACGCCUGAGGACACUGUUGAGGCUACCAUCUAUCCCUUCGACGGCAAGGAGAACUUGGUCGUGCCGGCAGUUCCGGGAAGCACCGAGCUGCGGGCCAAGGACAACAAGAGCACUUAUGAUAACUUUGUCUGGGCUCUUGUGAACAAGGACCGCAUGAAGGAGCUUCGCGAGGACCGCUAUGACGUGUCUAUUACCUUCACCAAGGACCACCCCAAGCUUCCUGCUUGGUUGAGCGUCAUGAGUGAGAGCGCUGAGAUCACGGAUGCCCUCCUGACGCCUCAGCUUAUCGAGGCUGCCAAGCAGGCUGGUGAUCUCCUGGACUACAUCAUCGUUUCCGACCAACCUGUUGAGAAGCCCACUACUGUCGCGCAAACCACUCCUCGCAAGCGAAUCAUCCUCAAGUACAGGCUGCCUGGUAACAAUGAUUACACCAACCUCCUGCCCCUUUUCCAGUACUUCGUUCGCCUGCCCGACCAUCUCGUCCAGGUUGGUCACUUCCGCGCAGAGGUUAUGCGCAAGGUGAAGGUCGUUCGCGACGAGACAAUUCGCCAGAUCCAGAAGGCUGGUGAAGAUGAAAAGGCCGAAGAGAGGGCAGCUGAGCGCGAGAAGGCGCGCAAAGCCAAGCGUGACGCAGAGCUCAACGCCCUGGAUGCCAAGGCCCAGAAGAAAUAUCUCGAGAAGGAGCGCGAGAAGCAGUUGCGCAAGUCGAACAAGAGGAUGACCCAACGAGCGUAGGCGACACGCUGUGUGAAAGGGGCGGUUUUAAUAUCACUUGCUGGUUCUUGGUACAGUCGGUACGCUGAAACCGCAAUUGUUGGGAUGGCAGGUCUUGGAUGCGUAUAAAGUAGGCAUACUAGGGGAUAGGGGAUGGGGGAACUUGGGAUCGGAUGUAUAAAAAAAGCGAAUAACAUAAUACUAUUCUACGUUAUCAGUGUUCGGACUGCACAUGAUUCGAUUUUGGCUGA